AUGUUUGGGCGCUACUCAAGCAGCGGCGGCCUCGCCUUGCUACUAUUAUUAUAUUUUGCGGAACCCGCGACCGCAACAGCUCAAUCGUUCGGGAUUCCACCAACGUGGCAGAGAAACGUCAGCUCGCAAUGGAGACCUACGCUCGCCAACGACGCGGCGAAGGCUCUUGUCAAUCAUGUCGGCCUUUCAGACCAGUAUAUUUCAAGACAAGAUCUCGACUCUGUCAGCUACCUGACUGACGUCUUCGCCGUGCUAGCUCUCCAGGACUACUACGGCGGCAACUCGACAUGGCGCCAAGAUGUCAUCAACGGCAUGGAGGCCCAGGACUCGGAGCUCAGGAAGUCUGGCUUCCACGGUACCUCACAGGACACCAUCUACGAAGGACUUGUGUCCUAUUACGCGUACCGGGCAUACAACGAGACAUACUUGCUUCAUCGCGCUAUGAAGGCGCAUGACACUAUACACAGAGGCGGCUUCAUUGCGUCUAGCAAGUCUUCUGCUGGGCGCAACGUGUCUUUUCCCACUACUUGCAACGGAUAUGCGAACGCCGGUGGCGUGUUUGGGGCCAAGUAUCAGCACGACGAUACGACCAUCAACGCGGAAACGGUGGGCCCCUUCAUGGUCUUGUCGGCUUACCUUUACCAAGAAACGAGGAACACGACGUUUAAGUACGCUGCACAACUCUCGUUGGACUUCAUCAUAAAUCACCUGUGGAACGGCACCGUUGUUUGGGAUACGUUCGACGCGAAGACCUGUACUAGCUCGAACGACGGCCCCGUCCCGUAUACAUCGAAUCAGGGGUGGCUCAUCGAAGGCUUGUCCGCGUGGACAAACAUCACAGGCAACUCUACGCUUCAAUCACUGUCGGAGGCCGCAAUAUCAAGUAUCACGACCUUCCCCGGCUGGCAUUCCCAGGGUGGCAUCAUCACCGAGGACCCAGGCAGCGAUGACUACUCAGCGGUAUACAAGGGUAUCAUGAUUCGCGGUCUUGCUGAGGCUUGCGUACGCUUCAGCGGCUCGAACUCUAGCAUUCCCGCCUACCUGAAGGCAUACAUCGCGGUGCAGCUCAACUCCUACUUGAACCAAACAUCGGCACCGUUAACCGGCUAUAACAAGACAUCAUGGGUGGCCCCAUCCAGUCCGGUCUGGGAUACCGCCGGCACUCUGGCCUCUCUGGAUCUCAUGAACGUCGCUACGAGCUGGUGGCCAUCCCCUCCAGUACUGGCUGAAAACGGGAUGCGCAAGGUGACGACAUCGCACACGGGCGCCAUCGUCGGUGGCGUGAUAGGCGGCGUCCUGGCUUCUAUGGUCAUCGUUUUGGCCUUCUUGCAAUGGCGUCGUAGACGAUGGCACGCCAAACAUCGUCUCCUUCCCUCAGACGCAGGUCUAGAGCCCUUCCUCGCCCGCGAACCAGUCAUGAUGUCGUCCAAAUGGCAUCGCAUGAACACUCCUUACAUCCAAACAUACCCUACAGACAUUUCUGUGACGACGCACAGUCACACCGAUUCCACGGCCUCGAGAAGCGGCGUACACAGAGAACCAGAGCCACCAGACGACUCAGAUUGGGACCAUGUCCCCAUCUUAUCUCCUAAUCGCGAGGACGACAGGUCACAGCGUACGCAGGACUCGCGAGUGGAGGAUCUACCGCCUGGCGUUGUCCGUCGUUUGACCAGCGUCAUCGCUCGUUUGAACAAUCUACUGCGACAUCAAGAACCUCCGCCUCAGUAUCCCCAGCCAUGA